GGGGAAGCAAAGAUAUCCGUGUGAUGGCGAUUCGACGCGUGUUUGAACCGUGAACAGCGCCGGCAUCUUGGGUCUUUCCCACCCCCCAGUCUUCGCCAACCCUACACACUCUUCAAGGUUAAUGAACUGGUUAAUGACCAGAUGCUCGUGCAGUGUCUGCUCACGACAUUUUCUUUGGAAUUAGGAGCAUUGGGGACAGGAGUUGGAAAAGAUGUGUCUGGGGGCUGCUCCAAACAGUUUUAAGAUUUUCAGACUCACCUCCACAUUCAUUCUUUCAUCUACAUGAUAUGACAUUCUCAUCCUGUUAAUUAAACAAUUUGUGAUGUUACGAAAAGGACCCGCACGUUCUCUAGAUUGCCAGGUGCGAUUUGGAAUCCUCCCUUCCCCAUAUCUGAAUCCCAGUUUCUUGUUUAAAAAGCCUGAUAUUUGACACUAACUGAUGGCAGUUAAUCCUUUGUGGUUGAUCAAAUGAUUGGAAUAUCUUAAUGUGUUUCUUAAGGUUCUGAAAGGUUACAAUAUUUUGCCCAUUAUUGGCUGAACUUGGUCUCCUUGAGUUGGUAUAUGUCCCAGCUCGUAUUCUUGUUAUUUGAUUAAGAAAGUGGGACCUCCUUGCAUAUAUAAAUUAAUUCAUUAAGAAUUGAAAAAACUUUUUCUAUAGGGUAUAUCUCUACUGAUGACGUUAUUUUAUUGUGGCUAAGAGUAUAAAUAUGUCGUCUCCGUUCCUCAACAUCUCCAAGCAUUGAGCUUGUCUUUGAUAGUCAAAAGCAAAGAAAGACAUCCUCUUUAGGCUUUGAAUUCCUGCAAGAAGAACAUGGAAACUGUAGGAACAAUUUCUGAAGGGGAAUGGAACUCCUCCUUCAAUGGGAUGUCUUCUGAGGAGGCUGAUUUCAUGGCGCAAUUGCUUGGUAACUGUUCACUUCCAAGUGAGGUGCCAAAUGGUGCUGCUUCUAAUUUUGCUGUCUCUUCUACUUUUUGGCCUGCUCGUGAAUCAAAUCUGAACAUGACCAGCGUCAGUGAGAAUGCUGCAAUGUACUCAUCGGACGAAACUAACAUUACUAAUAUGUAUUCUUUUGCACAAGGGAGUAGUUAUAGUGGAGGGAGUAGCGUUAUUUUCCCCUCUUCAAGCCAUGAAAGCUACUAUCCUAGCGGCUCUCAUCAAUUUUUUCUGACUAAUAACAAUAUCAUGACAAUGGAUUACUUUAACAAUAGCUCCCGAGUUCCUUUUACUGACAAUGUAAUGGAAAGGAACCACUUCCUAAACCAGGAUGUCAGCAAUGACAGUAUGGAGUCGGACGAGAAACUGCCUGAAGACGUUCUUCAAGGGAAGAAUUUUCAGCCAUUGAAGGAAGAUAAAACCAGCAGCCCUCCGGAGAUAUCCAAGAAAAGACCUGGAAUCCCUGGAGGAUUCCAGAGGAGCAAAAGAAGCAUGAAACUCAAGAAAUGUGUCAAAGUUGAUGACGAGAACGACGAAGAUAAUAAUAAUAAUAAUACCAGUUUGAUGCUUCAUAGGCAGAGCUCAAGCAGCUGCUGCUCGGAAGAUGAGUCCAACGCUUCACAAGAACUGAAUGGAGUGGCCUCAAGCUCCAGCUCGCAGGUCAGCGGGGCUCUCAACUUAAGCGGAAAAACACGAGCCAGCAGGGGAUCAGCUACCGAUCCUCAGAGCCUCUACGCUAGGAAAAGAAGAGAACGAAUAAACGAACGGCUAAGAAUCUUGCAGAACCUCGUUCCUAAUGGAACCAAGGUUGACAUAAGCACAAUGCUUGAAGAGGCUGUCCAAUAUGUAAAGUUCUUGCAGCUUCAGAUUAAGCUUUUGAGCUCUGAUGAUAUGUGGAUGUAUGCUCCUAUUGCUUACAAUGGGAUGGACAUAGGGCUUGAUUUAAAGAUUCCCACUCCGAAAUCACAGCCCUGAUGAAGAUGAAGAUGAUGGCUUGAUGGUGCUGAAUUUUCUUUGAAUAACUACCACAUGAUAGAAACUUGGUUGCCAAUUUUCGUAAUGUUUUUUUGAAAAGAGAAUAUAAAAACAUAACUAAUCAUUCUUUGUUCAUUUAGGCACUUGUAUGGAUGGGUUGGUGGUGAUCAAAUGUGUGAUGAGGAGAAGAGUUGUGAUUAUUAUAAUAUGAUGAUGUUAACUUUAAUUAAUAUAUAAAAUGUGGGAUUUUGAAGAA